AUGGAAUCAUUGUCACAGCAGCAGCAGCGGGGCUAUUCCCUACCAUCACCCACUUCGCCGUCAAGCACAUCAUCGUCUACUGCCAGUAUAACAAAGAAACGCUCAAGCAAAUCACACGUUCCUACUGCAUGCGUGAACUGCAAAAAAGCUCACUUGGCUUGCGACUUAUCGAGACCGUGCAAGCGUUGUGUUUCAAUGGGCAAGACCGACUCCUGCUACGAUAUUCAACACAAAAAGCGCGGUCGACCAAAGCUUCGAGACAAACGAACAUCAACUUCAACGUGGAAACACGACAAAAGCGAAAAGCAUCGACCGAUCAAUCACAGCAACAGCAGCAGCGCUUCUGCAAGCAACCAUGGUACUGCUGUUGCCACUGCUGCUGCUACCAUGGCAAUGACAGUUGCACCUGCGAUUGCACCGGGCAUAGCGAAUUCUUCCUUCACCAUGACGCAACCACCAGGAUACCAAGAGCCAAAGGAAUCAGUGAACUCCAUGAUGACGAUAUUCCUAUCGAUGGAUAUGCGAUGCGCACGUGCAUCUGAUGAAGCACUCGAGUUCUUAGGUCUCUACCCGCAGCAAUUGGCUCAUCGUUCACUUUACGACUUUCUCGUAUCGACAGAUGGCCUAGAAAAUAUACAUCGAUGUUUGCUGGAUUCAAACAGACCUGCGUCACAGAUCACCACCACCUCGGAACAGUUUGUUUCUAUACCACCUUCUCAACUGCUGAGUAUCGCCAACGGUUCCCAGACGUUCAAAGAAACGCUUCACUUUAAACAACCAAACGGCACAUUCUUUGACCCACUUCAAGCUCGGUUCUAUCUAGGUGGUGGAUUAGGUGCUGAUCUCUUUAUGCCUAUUACUUUGGAUCGGCUGUAUAUCGUAUGCUUAUUGACGAUCAAACCACAAUCAAGUAACAACAACGCAGUAGCACUGCCCAAUGACGCAACGGCUACUGUUCGUCCUAUAACACCGAAGCAUCAGCAAGAACAAUUGCUACCCCACGACGAUCUAAAUACAGUAGCGCUUGCGGAUCCACAGCAAGCUUUUCAAUGGACCCCAACAACUUCAUCACCAUCUAUGGACAAUACCGACGCCUUUAGGCUCUACGAUGCUAAUUUAUCAUCAUCCAACAACAGUACGACGACAGCGACUACAACUAGCACGGCUAUAACCGAACGAUGGGGUUCAGAUGAUGAAACACAUCAGCUAGUAUGGAUGCACCCACACGACUUUGUCUAUGCCCCACAAAUACAACAACAAACAAAACCAUCAUCAAUCGAUCAUACCAAAAUACCCAUUACUACCGCCACUACUACCACCACAACAACUACUCCUACGAAUAUACUUGAUAACAAUAACCACCACCAUGCCAUACCACCAUCGUCAGAGUCGUCAUGGCACGUCGGACAAUCUGAUAUGGGAAGCUUACUCGUACCUACCACCCCUGCCACCACAACCGAUUAUGAAGCAAUGAUGAUGCGAGACAUGAAAUGA